UCAUCUCCUCCAAGUGGGGUCUUCCAGUCUGCAUCUACUCUCUUGCCUCUCCUACCAUCGCCCAUCUCACAACCCUUCACUGUGUCCGCUCAAUCCACCGUAAUUGGUCUAGCUCAAACCAACUUCACGGCUAUCUCUCAGGCUCAACAACCAUCAGCACCGCCAUCGUCUGGAGCUCGAAUAACUGCCGUUGUGAUGCCACCAUCCGCAUUACCUCGUGGUCCUAUGGCUGGACGAGUGUUGCUUCCCAAUCCACCUCCAAUGCCACCAUCUACUGUCAUGAAUACUUGUUACUCUGCUUCAGAUAUUAGCCUUAGUGGUGUGAACCUUCUAAUGGGACAAAACGUAUCUUUUAAUAGUACCGUAUUGCCUUCGACAACAAUUCAAGUUCAGCCUUCUGUAUCGCUUCCUCCUCCUCCUCCACCUCCGCCUAUCCUCUUAGGAUCGGGCCCUACGGCUGGCUCGGCUGCCCUUCCUAGGGGUAGUCCAUCUGAAGGCGUAGGCUCGCUUCAACUAGAGGAUCAGGAUGGUGAUCAACCCACUCUACCACAGGCAACAUCCAUUCGUGCUAGCACUAGGCGAUGGGACUCUGGCCCAAAUAAUACGCAAAGCCGAGCGCGAAAAUCUCAUGGUCAAAACGCAUCUAAUCGCCCCCUGGAUCCGAUGGAUCCAGCUGCCUACUCAGAUGUACCCAGAGGCACCUGGUCAAUGGGUCUUGAAGUAGACCGCACAGGCCCUAAGACUGGGGUCGAUUCUACUGCAUCGGGACCGCUUUUCCAACAGCGGCCAUAUCCAUCUCCUGGUGCUGUAUUGAGAGCCAAUGCUGCUGCUGCUGCUUCCGCAUCAAAUUCUGACGCUAAGCGUCAUAAGUCCGAUCCAGCUAUUUAG